UCGAAACCUAUCUGUGGAGUAAGGGAGGAUGUUGUAAAAGUUCUCCAUUUCGUGUUGGAGUCCAGCGCACAGACACUGCAGCUCAGCAAUCUACACCUCUCAGCUCAGGAUCAUGGCUUUCAGUCAGCAGUCACCUUUUUACAACCCAAGAAUCCCCUUCACUGGAUCAAUCCAUGGCGGUCUGCAGGAGGGGAAGUCUAUUAGCAUCAGCGGACGAGUCCUGCCUGGAGCAGACAGGUUCCAUGUGAAUUUACAGUGUGGUUCAAGGACCGGUGCAGAUGUUGCUCUCCACAUUAACCCGCGCUAUGACAGCCACCCUUAUGUGGUCACCAACACCUUCCAGUAUGGCAGCUGGGGCUCCGAAGACAGGAAGCACAACUCUCCAUUUCCUGCUGGAUCUCCCUUCAGCUUGCUUGUCACUGUCUCCCGGGAAUCCUACCAGCUGACCGUCAACGGCAUCCACUUCAUGGAGUACAGACACCGCAUCCCAUUUCAGCAGGUGGACACCAUCGUAGUAGCCGGGAAAGUGGAGAUUACCUCCAUUGCCUUCCAGAAUGCUGCGCCGGCAUUCCCUGCUCAGCCUGCAUUUCCUUCACAAGUAGCCUACCCCACCCAAGGUGCCUUCCCUUCUUGUCCAGCAUUUCCCUCGCAGCCUGGAUUCCCUGGUCAGCCUGGAUUCCCUGGUCAGCCCGGAUUCCCUGCGCAGCCUGGAUUCCCUGGGCAGCCUGGAUUCCCUGCACAGCCCGGAUUUCCUCCUGCAAUGCCUGCUGUUCCAUACAGAAACUUCAUCAGUGGUGGACUCAGGCCUGGCAGAACCAUUACAAUCCAAGGGACUGUUCACCCCAAUGCUACAAGGUUCCAUGUGAAUCUUAGUCAUCAGUCUGGUAUUGCUCUGCAUUACAAUCCCCGUUUCAAUGACAAUGCUGUGGUUCGAAACACCAAGACGUGGGACAAAUGGGGCUCUGAAGAGCGUGGUGGAGGGAUGCCCUUCUACCGGGGACAACCUUUCACGUUGACCAUCUGCUGUGAGAGUCAGUCUUUUCGAAUUGUGGCCAAUGGAAUGCAGACACACAACUACAAGCAUCGUUUCAAUCAGCUCCAGAGCAUUACCAGCCUGGAGAUUGAAGGGGACGUCAGUCUGACAUCUGUGAAUGUGUAGAGAUUCAAGACCUAUAGCUCGUGACGCCUUACAACGCGGUUUCCCGACUGUAAUCAUUACAGAACACAGUUAUGGGUCGUUCCAUAUAACAUCAACCAAAGUUAAAAAAGGUUCCCAUCUGAUUCCCUCAGAAUCAGCUUAGUUUGUGUGUACAAUAACGCUAGUAUAUUGAAUUAAGUUAUGCGGAAGUUUAUCUCUAUUCUACUACUAGCACAGAAGAGACAUACAAUUUUCCGGGCCAAAAACACAUUUGAAGUCUGUUAUAAAUAUAAAAACCCAUUUCAGGUUUCACAGUCAAAAGUAAAAAUCUCAUUUUUGUUCAGCAUGGUUUUUUUUUUUUAUACACACUUUAAAUGUUAGUAUCAUGGACUAUAUCAUAGUUUUAAUAGCAAAACUGUACCAGUUUAAUGUCUAUGACACAACAAUGGAAACGAGCAUCGGUCUGCUGAAUGUGUUCUUUUUUUCCGCUAAUCUUUUAAAAAAUUAUGAUUUUUUUGUUAAAACCUAAAGAGUCCUAUCACCAUGUGGGAUAAGUAGUUUGUCAAAACAAGUUAUAGCAGAUAAAAGGUCUCAUUUGAACCUACAUUUCUAUCAGUAUUGUCUUGUAACAACUGGUGCUCUGUAUCGUUGAGACCAGGGGACACUGUGUUCCCCGUCAUGCUCCCUGGGGUCAUGUAAAGGUCAGACUCAGGAUCUACAUGGUUGAUUCCCUUCCACGGCACACCAGUCUGGCACUCAAAUAUGGCUGAUCUUCUAGCCAUGAUUGUGUCUGUGUCAAAAUAAUUUGUAAUGUAGGGCACAAAAAUGUGGUCAUGCCAAUUAAAGCGCAAGAUUUCAAUCCAGUCCUCUAUACUUAAUGGACCUGUAACUAUAUUUAUAGUAUGAAGAUAAAAUUUUGCAUGGCUUUGUCAAAUAUACUAAAUGCAUUGUGUGUAUAUAUAUAAAAACAGCUGAUUCUGAGGGUUUUUAUUUUUUUUUAAUGGAAUGACUCAUUGCAUUUAUUAAUGACUUCAUGCAAAUUGAUUACUUUGGCUAUGUAUUGGAUAUUGUAUAUUCACCACCUGCUCAUAUUACAAAUAAUCAUUCUCAUUAUUAUAUGCAUAUAUACUCACACUGCACAAUCAUCACUGAGAUACAAGGAAACAAGACAAGACAAUUGAGAAAAACUAAGUACACGAAAACAGCAAAUCAAAUUUUUUCAACUUAUAGUAACUUUUGGAUUUCAUAGGACAGCAGAUUGGAUUUUGCUAACAAAGUGAAAAAAAAAGGAAGUGUCAACAGUUACCAGUACAGUAUAAGAGUCGAUAAUAAUGUGCUAACUUGCCUCUGAAAUGUGUAAUCAUUAAUGCUUUAUGAAACAUACAAUUAAAAUAUCGUAUAAAAAA